AUGUUUUUUUUUGGAUUAAUAAUCUUUGAAAAGGUAGUUAGACUUCUUUUAAAACCACCUUGUGAACUCUAUUUAUCAAUAGAAGAAUUGAUUGCGCCAAGAUACAAUCCAACAAACCCCCCAAGACCUCAGAAUCGGUUUUUUUUGUAUCGAAAAAAUUAUAACAAAUUUCUUGGGGAUGGAAAUAAUGUACCAGAUGUUUCGAAAGGUGCUGGGAAGGCUUGGAAUAUUGAAUCACACGAAGUAAGGAUGUACUUUGAAAUAUUAGAGAGUCUGGCACUUGAAAUGCACAAGUUACUUUAUCCUGGUUACAAAUAUACAAGCUCAGGAGAUCAACCACUAAGUUGUGAAGCUAAAGAACCAGGAUUACAACAAAAACAAAAUAAUAUCGGUCACGUGACUCAAUCACCAUCGCCACAUGUGUCUUCAUAUACAAACGGUGAUACAAAUUUAUCACCGUUCACUUAUUCAAAUUUAUAUAAUAUUAAUUAUAAGAAUUCAAUUCAUCUAACUUACACAGACGAUGAUACAAAUCCAUCGUCUUUUACUUAUUCAAAUUUGUCCACACUACAUUCAGAUAAAAACGCACUUGAACUGUCUUCUUCUUACACAAGCGAUAUUACGAAUCCAUCGUCUUUCUCCAAUUCACUUACUUCUUUACUUCCACGUUUCACACCACCUCAUUCUAAUAUUAAUUAUAACAACUCACCUUCUUCUUACACGAACGAUAAUACAAAUAGAUCGUCUUCCACUUCUUUAUCGCCACCUCAUUCUAAUAUUAAUAAUAACAAUUCACCUUAUCUGUCUUCUUCUUACACGAACAAUAAUACAAAUAUAUCACCUUCCGCUUGUUUCAAUUUAUCCACAACUUAUUCUGAUAUUAAAAACUCGCUUGAUCCGUCUUCUUUUUACACGAACGGUAGUACGAAUUCAUCGUCUUCUUCAUCCACUUUUUUUUCUCCGUGCCCCACUCCGAUUAUUAAUUAUGGAAACCCUUCAUGUGCACAAAAUAACACCAUCUUCGAUAAUAUUAAUGAGUUAACUCGACCUAAUGCUAUUGUUGGAAACGCAACUCCAGAAUCACAAACAAAUUUAUUGGGUCGUGAUUUUGAUCAUUCUCGCAUGAAUAAUGUUAUUAUUUCUUAUGAUAACAUUAUGCAAAAACUUUCUGAAUUUCAAGAAGUUCAAGAAGUUCUGGAAGAUAAAACUCAAGAAAAUGCCAACAGCAGUUACAUCAACUAUAACGACAACUCCAAUCCUCAAUCACAAUCUCAAAAUCAACGACAAUAA